AUCUUUUGCAGAGACUAUACAACAACAAAAAACACCACCAUCUUCACCACUAGCUAGUACUUAACAUAUUCCACAUCAAUCUUCAAACUGCCCACCUAACCAAGACACCACCCAUGCACCUCCGUACCACCGUCGUACCUUCCAUUCGAACCAACCAAGCCCGCCUCACUUCCACCACUGAAGCACCCGUCUCGUCAGCAUAAAUAUUGACCCACCGAAUUAUCAUCUCCAUCACUAAUCAAAGUGUUUUUUCACCUCGGCCAGCCUCGUAGACUGCCAAACCAAAAUGUAAACUCUUAGUGCCAAGUGCCAUGGAUUUCAACAACAGCACCGCUACCAACGAGGAAUGGAACGCCCCCGUCGGCAACGGCACCCACGACAUCAUCCACAACACGCUCGUGCAGUCCAUCUUCUUCAUGGUGUACACCACCAUCUUCGUGCUGGGCAUCUUCGGCAACGUGCUCGUGUGCUACGUGGUGUUCCGCAGCCGCGCCAUGCAGACUGUGACCAACCUCUUCAUCACGAACCUCGCGCUCUCCGACAUCCUCUUGUGCGUGCUCGCCGUGCCCUUCACCCCCCUCUACACCUUCCUCGGGGAGUGGGUGUUCGGCAGCGCCAUCUGCCACCUGGUGCCGUACGCGCAGGGCGCCAGCGUCUACAUCUCCACGCUCACGCUGAUGUCCAUCGCCAUCGAUCGCUUCUUCGUCAUCAUCUACCCGUUCCAUCCUCGGAUGAAGAUCUCCACUUGCAUUUUUAUUAUUGUCGUGGUCUGGGUGUUCUCGAUCCUGGUCACGCUGCCCUACGGGGUGUACAUGACGCAUGUGAGCAGGAACCAGACGGAGGACAACGUGGUGAAGUACUACUGCGACGAGAACUGGCCUAGCGAGAAGUGGAGGAAGCUGUUUGGGGGUUUCACUACGACGAUGCAGUUCGUUUUUCCGUUUUUCAUUAUCAUGUUCUGCUAUAUUUGUGUGUCCAUUAAGCUGAACGACAGGGCGAGGAGUAAGCCGGGAUCGAAGAACUCGAGGAAGGAGGAGGCGGACAGGGAGAGGAAACGGAGGACGAAUCGGAUGCUUAUUGCUAUGGUCGUAAUCUUCUUAAUCUCCUGGCUUCCCCUCAACCUCAUCAACCUAAUCAACGAUUUCUACCAUCAAAUCGGCAACUGGGAAUACUACCUGCUGAGUUUCUUCCUCGUCCACGCCCUCGCCAUGUCCUCCACCUGCUACAACCCCUUCCUGUACGCCUGGCUCAACGAGAAUUUCCGCAAGGAGUUCAAGCAGGUCCUGCCCUGCUGCGACUCCUCGUCCCGCACCCCCGUGGGGCGGCUGGGCAACUGGCGCUCGGAGCGCACCUGCAACGGCAACAACGAGACGCAGCAGGAGUCGCUGCUGCAGUCGGGGGUGCACCGCGCCGCCUCCAUCCGGGAGCGGAAGGCGACGCCGCCGCCGCUCAAGACCGACAGCGUCGAGGUGGAGAACAUCAUGGUGCCGAACGCCGCUGCCAACGCCGGCAGUCUGGGGGUGGUGUACGACUCGGCGGCCGAGACGGUGCGGCUGAGGCUGAUCACGGAGGAGGAGCCGCCCCCGUAUGACGCGUCGAUGAAUAUGGGGGAGUGAUAUGUAGCCAGAUUCCGCCAAACAGCAGUCUGAGGACCACCCCCCACCCCCACCCCUUAGUAUACUCCGAGUAUUAGAAUGGAAUUUCAGUGUCAUGGUGUUUUCAGCGUUAUGUGUGUACAUAAUAUAUUACUGAGAAGCUUAGCCUAUUAACAUAUUAUAAUAAUAAGUUAUAUUAUAAUAAUUUUGUAUAUACUAUACAUAUAUAUAUUUCUAAUAAAUUACUGUACCAAAA